GUGAUCAAGUACACGCUGGACCCCGUCUGGAAGCCGUUCACUGUGCCUUUGGUGUCACUGUGCGAUGGAGAUGUAGAGAAACUGAUAAAGGUGAUGUGUUACGACUACGACAGCGAUGGGGGACACGACUUCAUCGGGGAGUUUCAGACCUCUGUUGCCAAGAUGUGUGAAGCCCAAGAUGCCUUUCCGCUCGAGCUCGAGUGCAUUAACCCCAAAAAGCAAAAGAAGAAAAAGAAUUACAAGAACUCUGGGAUCAUCAUUGUCAAGUCCUGCAAAAUAACCAGAGAUUUCUCUUUCUUGGACUACAUCCUGGGAGGCUGCCAGCUGAUGUUUACCGUCGGGAUUGACUUCACGGCCUCCAACGGGAACCCGCGAGACCCCACCUCUUUGCACUAUAUCAACCCCAUGGGGACAAAUGAGUACUUGUCAGCUAUCUGGGCUGUCGGCCAGAUCAUCCAAGACUACGACUCAGACAAGAUGUUUCCUGCUCUGGGAUUCGGCGCCCAGCUCCCGCCGGACUGGAAGGUGACGUGUUGUGGCCAUCUGCGCGCUUGAGAUGGGUUUGUCCUG